AUGACUUCCAGGCGGAGGGGGAGGGCCGCGCACGCGCGCGAGGGCACGCCACCGGAAGGGAUGCGCCGGGACCGAGGGUUGGGUGGUUAACACGCCUGCGCAGUCGGUUCUCCCGGCGACUGUGUUGCGCAAAUGGUGGAGAAGAAACCCUCGGUUCGCUCCCAGGACCCUGGACAGCGGCGGGUGCUGGACCGGGCAGCCCGGCAGCGCCGGAUCAACCGACAGCUAGAAGCUUUAGAGAAUGACAACUUCCAGGAUGACCCCCACGCGGGCCUCCCCCAGCUGGGCAAGAGGCUGCCUCAGUUUGAUGACGAUGCAGACACAGGCAAGAAAAAGAAGAAAACUCGAGGUGACCAUUUCAAACUUCGCUUCCGGAAAAACUUCCAGGCUUUGCUGGAGGAGCAGAACCUGAGCACAUCUGAGGGCCCCAACUACUUGACGGCCUGUGCGGGUCCCCCGUCCCGACCCCAGCGCCCCUUCUGCGCUGUGUGUGGCUUCCCGUCCCCGUAUACCUGCGUAAGCUGUGGUGCCCGGUACUGCACGGUCCGCUGCCUGGGCACCCACCAGGAGACCAGGUGUCUGAAGUGGACGGUGUAAACCUGGCAUCAGGGAGAGGAAGUCUCAUCCUCCCCCAACCCUUCCCCCAGCUCAUCCUCAAAGGCUAGAGAGAGGAACUGCCCAUUCACCCAGGAAAGCUGUGUCCUGCCAACCAGGGAAGGCCACAUGGACCCCAGGGACUGUGGUGGGCUUGGUCCAGCCCACAGAUUGCUAUGAUAAUAAAUGGCCCGGUGACAGGAACCUGCCUGCUUGUUGAGGUGUUUGGAGGCGAAGGUCAGGUUGGCUGUCUGUCCUGCGUACACUCUGUCCUCCCUCUUCCAGCCUCCCGCUGUCUGCCCGCUGUGUCGUGGGAGGUUUAUGUCCCAACACCAGCUACUCUCAACUCAUCUCUGCCCUUAUUAGCUGGUGCUUUAGUUUGGUUUUAGAAAUAAAGUCUUAUUGUAGACAA